AUGACAGAAAGUGCUAGUGAACAGAUGAUGCCAUUAAACAUGAGUUUAUAUGAUAUUCGUAAAGAUAAUCAAAUUAACAAAUAUUUCAAAUUUCAUAAUAAUAUUACAACGAUAAAUCGAAUGGGUCCUUAUGGUAUUACGGCAUUACACAUUGCGAAUAUUUAUGAAUACAAUGAAGCUGUUCAAUUAUUAUUAACAAAUAGUACAUUAAAAUCAUUUGAAAAUAUUUCAUAUCAAUUAACAUCCGAUGAUGAAUCUAAAAUGGAUGAAAUAAAAAAAUUAUUUCUCAAAAAUUCGAAUUUAUUUCAUUCUCAUGAAGAAAUGCAACAUUAUGAUUAUAUUGAAUGGUCAUUAAUUAGUAAUAAUUUAAUAGAAAAACGUAAACAAUUUCGUGAACAAAUUGAUUUAUACAAAACUUAUGAUAAUCAACAUCAUUUAAUAACUAAAUUAUUAAUUGAAAUAAUUGAAUAUUACUUAAAUGAAUAUUUAAUUCAGCAAGAACAAUUUCCAAGAAAUGAAGCAAAAAAAUUAGAAUUUUUUUUCAAACAAGCUAUUCAAGAACAAAAUUAUUUAAAAUAUUUUAUUAAAGCUUAUACAUUAACAAAUAAUUUUUAUCGUGUUCUUAAUAAACAUCUAGCAUUGUAUAUAUUAGAUUAUUUUGAUACAUCAUCCUAUUCAUCUUCACCAACAAAAUAUCAUUUAAUUAAUUGUUUAGUACAUAUUGUAACCUUAUUAAUUAAUCAUCCAGAUAUACAUAAAUAUAAAUAUAAAGGUAUUGCUUAUCGUGGUUUAUUAAUGACAAGAAAUGAUUUAGAACGCUAUACUAUUGGUACUCAUAUAUUAAAUCGAUCAUUUGUGUCAACAUCAAAAAAUCCUUCAGUUGCUAAAAUGUUUGCUGAUAAUAGCGAACAAAAUAUUUUACAACAAACAUCAGAUCAUCAUGAUUUGGUACAAGUAUCUGUUUUAUUAAAAUAUACAAUUAAACAAAAUCAAACAGCUAUUGAUAUUGAACAUAUAUCAACAGUAGAAGAUGAAAAAGAAGUGUUAAUAUUGCCAUUUUCAGUAUUUCAAAUUAAAGAUAGAAUUGAUAAUAGUCCAAAACUGUGUCCACCAGUAUUAGUUGAAAUUGAAUUAGAAGAAUGCGAAGACGGUGAACAAAUAAAUACUAGAAAAGAGAGACGUAAGUAA